GACUAACUUUUCCAUCCAGCUAUCGAUGACUGACCUUUGGACUGCAGAGGAAUGUGUACAGUGAUCUCAGAUGACUAGUUCCAGUCUAUUAUUUCGACACAUCAGCACAUGUACAGGUUGUUUUCCUAAGCAAUCUGUACAUUUAGGUUGUUUAGGAAAGAAGGAGCCAUUUGUCUCCAUUGCCUGUCAUAAACAUUACCACUCUCCACAACCUUUGCUUGAGUUUGAACUGGAGAACUAUUGUUGACUGAGCUAAAGAUCUACUCACCGAUUAAAAUUAUGUCAUUGAAGUUUGUAUCUGCUUAUGUUCCUUCCCUGGCUAAAUGCUGAAACCAUCUUUACCCAUUACUCAAAAUGAAAUGGACCAAGAGUACUUUUAUUUCAAAUUCUUGUGAAGGUCAAGUUUCUAAAUGGCUUACUCCUUCUCCAAUUCUGUAUUUUGCCAAAUCAGGCUCUUCAAAGACAUCAUGGUGUUUAGUUCUUGAAUCUUGAAGGUUUAGAAUGUGAAUGGUGGCAGGAAAAUAAAAUAUUUAGGUACAGCAAUAGCACAUCUACACAUGGUUUGGAUAAUCCUAUUUAUUCAGUCAGGGUUUCUCUGUCCCCUAAUGCAAUAGUGUAAUAUAAAUAUUUCAUUCAUGUGGUGGUGUGGGAGAGUUUUUAAAGUGGGGGGGGGAGCUGUUGCACAGGGGCAUUUCUUUACUCUUUACCUUGGAAGUCCAGGUCCAGUUCUAUGAACAAGCGUCAUAACUGAGGUCUUGGUUGCAUUGGGUGUCCAUGACCUUUUCUGGGCCUUGUCCUCCCUUUUGCUCUCCCCAGAACAUUGCAGAGCUGCUUUCCUGGCUGUUGGAUCUCACUGUAGAUCUCAUCCACCCAGUCCACUGGAGCUGGCUUUGCGUGCAAGGACAGGCACGCCUGUAUCUCCAGGGAAUGAGGCCGCCGACUACCCUCAUGUAGUUUAACCCAUCUGUUGGAAGUGGUGUACUGGCAUGUGGCUGCUGUCACAUGCAAACAGCUACUUGGAACCACAGCUGAGAGCCAUACAUGCAAUGGGGACCGAAGGUGAGUGAGCUGCCCGGGAAUGGACAUGACAAGCCCCUUCACCAGAAGUGCUACCCCUCCCUGGACACCCCACUCAUAUGACAACUAAUUAAACACCUAGUACAAACGCAGACCUUGAAAGUGAUUAACUGUCUUUGUUUUGGGUCAAAGAAUUCGUCAUAAGAACUGGAAAAGUGAGUGUUUUAGGAAGGAAUAGGUGGAGCAAAGAGGGAAAUAUUUACUCCCAGUAUUUGAUACAAAGUGAGAAAGGGGUCAGAGUCUGAACAAAAGUCAAGUACUAGUAAUGGAAGCCUAGGCUGAUUGGCAGUAUGCUGCGAGGAGGAUCAACCUACUUUUAGUUUCUUUAAUAUAGAUGAGCCCUUGUCAUUAGCACUGAUAAUCAGGAUUAAACAUUAUACAGUGCCACAACUUGCUAGCCCUAAUCCAUACAUAACAUCUUUUGGAAUUUGGGAGGAAACCACAUCAUCUGGUUUCGGAAACAUGCUGCCACUGUGAGAACAUACAAGCUCCUUACAGACAGUGGUGGAAUUUAAUCCUGAUCUUGCAGUCACUGUUGCUGUGAAGUAUUAUGCUAACUGUCAUGCAACCAUACAGCCCCGACUACAAUCAAUACAGUACACACGACUGGAAAAAGUGCCAGUCAAUCAGAAGGAAUCUUGGGUUUCUCUCCAUCAGUUCUUCCCCUUUGUUUACAAGUUUAAUUAUCUUUCAACCACAUAUGAAUAUUGCCAAAUGAAACUGUUCCACUGGGAUACUGACAGCACACAACAUUGCACAUAUAGUGAAUUUAAAACGCAAACACAAGGAAAUCUGCAGAUUUGUCCUGAUGAAGGGUCUCAGCCCCAAAUGUUGACUGUACCUCUUCCUGGAGAUGCUGCCUGGCCUGCUGCGUUCACCGGCAACUUUUAUAUGUGUUGAUUGCACAUAUAGUUAUGAUUUCAGGAAAAAAAAGUCACAAAGAAAAAUAAUAUAGUCUAAGUCCCUGAGUGGCAUGACUGUUGUAUUCUGGUCCAGCCUGUUCUUCCACCGAGUGAGCAAUGGAGGAUAGUGUCUUUUUCUACCUGAGUUUCAUCACCCAAGUUACAGAGAAAGGUUGAACAAGUUGGGUCUUUAUUCUUUGGAAUGUAGAAGGUUGAGAGGGGACUUGAUAGGGGUAUUUAAAAUUAUGAGGGGGAUAGAUAGAAUUGAUGUGGAUAGGCUUUUUCCAUUGAGAGUGGGGGAUGAUUCAAACAAGAGGACAUGAGUUGAGAGUUAAAGAGCAAAAGUUUAGGGGUAACAUGAGGGGGAACUUCUUUACUUAGAGAGUAGUAGCUGUGUGGAAUGAGCUUCCAGCAGAAGUAGUUGAGGCAUGUUCGAUGUUUAAAGUUAAGUUGGACAAUUAUAUGGACAGGAAAGGAAUGGAGGGUUAAGGGCUGAGUGCAGGUCGGUGGGACUAGGUGAGAGAGUUCGGCACGGACUAGAAGGGCCGAGAUGGCCUUUUUCCGUGCUGUAAUUGUUAUACGGUUAUCAUAUCAGUCUUUACAGGUGCUGUAAGUAGCAAUGCACUCGCACUUCUCCCAGUUAAGUAUAUUAAAUUGGCAUUCACGAUUUGCCUCCGCUUUAUAAAAUCAAAUGCAGAGGGGGUGAUCAUAGUGUAGAAUACUCUAGAGUAGUUUUGUGGACAGAUGCUACAUUAUUUGAUCUCGACGUUUCCAUUUAAAACUGGCAUUACUCGGCGUUUUUACAAGUGACUGUAAGGUCAAUUUUAAUUCUUAACUCAGGAUUUGAUCAAUAUCAAAUGUGGCUAGUUCAAAACUGACAGUAUAAAAAAAGACAUCCAAUUUCUUAAGAAUAAAACACAUUUCAACGCUCCGAUACCUUCGAAAAACGCAGGCGCCGCAAAGUGUAUCCAGUAAGAAACGGGCUAAGUCCGAAAAUCGGGGGGGAAAAAGUUCUUCCUUCCGAUGAAGGGUCUCGGCCCGAAACGUCGACUAUGGAUACUGUCUGGCCUGCUGCGUUCACCAGCAUUUUGUGUGUGUGUUGUUGCUCCUUUCUGGAGUGUUGUAUUGAAAAUAAAUAUCGGCCGUGAACGGAAUUCUAAAAAUUGAGUCAAAUGUGAGUGAGUGGUAACUUCAAUCCGUAGAAUCUCGUUAUGGGAACGCGUGUUUUUACGGAAAUUGAUACAUUGCCGCGUUGCGCUGCGGCUUUUUGCGCAAGUGCGGACGUGCCUACGUUUGGGUGGAGUUCAGACAGCAUGGUGAAGGCUAUUUGUAUAUUGACCGGUUUCUUUCGUGCAUUUGGCGUCGUUCGUUUCGAAUUAAACGAAGGUGGAUAUUUGACCAUAAAGGGGGAAUUUUCUGGACUGCCCCCAGGAAGGCAUGAACUCCAUGUUCACAGUUUUGGUGACAUAACAAAUGAUUGGCUAAGUGCAGGACCUCCUUACAAUCCAACCAACAAAAUGCAACAAGGGAAGAGAUGUGCAGAUAUCCUGGGUGUUAUAAAUGCGAACGAAGAUGGUUUAGCCAGGCUGGAUGUGGAGGUAUCACAUUUCCAUCUGACAGGAAUUCAUUCUAUUAUUGGACGCACUUUAGUGCUCCAUCAGAAUGAAGAUGACCCAGGCAAAGCUGAUAAGGAAGAGAACAUUGCAGCAGGAAAUAAUGGAUCUGGUAUAGCCUGGGGAGUGAUUGGAAUUUGUCAGAGCAAUAUUUCAAAGGAAGUCUCAGAAGAAAACAAUUAAACAAUAAAGCUAUCUGCAUUGUGGGCUAAGAACUCUAUUUUGUACAUUGGUAAAUGUUCUUUGUUUAUGGAUGAGAUGAAAACAAAGUCCAUACUAAAGAAGGUUCACACAUUUGUCUUUCAGUCUUUAUUGCAGAUCAAUUUUUGAAUCUGACCAUAAACAUGCAGCUGUCCUUUAGAAUUUUUAUGAAAACUGAUUGUUAACAGCCUAAUCUAUUUUCUUGCAGACCUCUGUAUUGUAAACUUUGCUACAAAAUAGAAUUUUAAAUAUUGAGUCUAUAAAUAAAUUUAAUCACCUUCAUCUUAUGGUAAAAGUACUUCACAAUAUGUUUUACUCAUACGUUACUGUCAGGUAACAAUUGUUAAAAUACAACAUUCAUUUUCUUGUGUUAUCCUGUGUCAAAAUAUAUUUGCUUGGUUCCACUGAUUAAUGAUUAAAAUAAACAUUCUGCUACAUUUCAUAAGUUAUUUUAGCUUUUACUCUGGAAUA